AGCCGGGAGCGGCUGGGGGGCCUGGGGAGGGGAAGGCGGCUGCGAGUGACGGUUGCUCUGGCGGCGGGGGCGGCGUUGGCUUUUUUUUCCUCCGAGCUCCCGGAGCGCCCCAAUGGAAGCGGAGCCGGGUCCGGGCCGGCGCUGCUGCUGCAAACCGGGGGGGCGACUGGACAUGAGCCACGGCUUCGUGCACCACAUCCGGCGGAACCAGAUCGCCCGAGAUAAUUACGACAAGAAGAUGAAGCAGGCAGCCAAGGAGAAGGUACGGAGGCGGCUCACCCCUGGCCCUACGAGGCCCCGAAAGCCCGACCAGCAGGUGUACUUACCCCGACGACGAUGCGAGGCGAGGCUGAGCCGGCCCGUAGCCUCCACUGGGAGCCGGGAUACAAAUUUCCCUGCAUGCAGCCUAGACUAUGGGGAGUCGAGCGAGAGCAGCAGCAGCAGUGGCAGCUCAGACCCAGAGCCCCCCAGUCUUCAGCUCUUCUGCCUAGAAUACGAAGCAGACAGUGGGGAAGUCACAUCUGUCAUCGUGUAUCAGGACGAUGACCCAGGAAGGGUGAGUGAGAAAGUCUCAGCCCGCACGCCGCUGGACGCACCCAUGCGAGAAGCCCUCAAGAUUCGCAUCCAGGAAGAGAUGGCAAAGCGGCGGAGCCGGCCCUGAGUGCCCGCUCUCCUGGGACUAGACAGACUGUCUUGGCUGUACGAUCAGAGCUAGAGGUUUCCCCUGGGGACUCCAGGCCCUAUCUGGUCUCCCCACUCAGCUGCUCGGGCUUUCGGAGAAGUGUCCGCUGCCAAGCUGGCCCCUGCGAUCUCCUUUGCUGUGACUCCUCUGCCAUCUCACCACAGACCACAGCUGCCUGGGAGUUGCAGGGAAGGGUUUCUCUGGCUUUGUGUCCUGCUAGCUCAAAUUCCCAAAAUGUGCACCUCCCAAUCAAUGAGAGCCCUGAAGAGCCCCCUCCCCCAAGCCCUGUGCCAAUCAAUGUACUCCAUUUUCAAAGGAGGUUCAUGACCUCCAAAUCCGUGCUUGUUGUGUUUGGGCAAGUUCCUCCUCAUGGCCCUGCUUCCCCUGACCAAACUCCUGGAGCAUUUUCUCAGCCCUGGUUCCCUCCAUUUGCCCCCUUUCCUUUCCAUGUUACUGUCUCAGGUAGGCCCCUGAAGCUUCCCUCUGCACCCUCGGCCUUGCAGCUGCUCUCAGCCUACACAGAUGUUUGUUUUCUCAUUUUGACUACUCUUAGCAAUAUCUACAAGAGAUCCAAGGAGAGACUGAGCAAAACCCCAAGAAUGUUAGGGGAUCAGUCAGAACCCUGAGUCUUCCGGUUGCCCUCCCUAGCAAGGAAAUCCUGCCGUGCCUGGCCCAUCAAAACUGGAAUGUCAGUGGAGCUGAGAUGCUUCUGAAGAUGGUGAGGCUGGAGGACAUCUGAGGAUGAGAUUACAGACCAAGACUCUCCCAACUGACUCAGGGCUCUCCAAAUUCACGAAGGGGUGCUGAGCAAGCAAUAACUAUCCAGUUGGAGACCUACUGCUCCUUCCUCUCUCCUCUUCUUUAAAAAGGAACCCAAACCCUUGCCCACAUGAAAUCCAGAGAUCCCUUUGUCCUUCUCCUCCCCAGCUCUGCCCCCUCGCAUCGCCCAUCUUUGAGUGUAUAAAGUAUGUUUGAGAUUCUUAGAAUAAAGGUACCAAAGGAAA